AAAAAUCCCCUUCCCCAGUCGACUAUUCAUUCAUAUAUCGACCGAACUAGGGUUUCUUUCCUCAAAAUACUCUCUCUCUCUCUCUCUCUCUCUCUCUCUCAUCAGCUUCUCCCUUGAUACAUAUCUAAUUUCUAUCUCAUCCCAGCCCUCUCUCUAGGUCUCAAAAACUAGUUGUUUACGCACAGAUUUCGUGAAAAUUCAGAGCUUUUAUUUGUGUUUGAUCCGCUGAAUAAUGCCUCCACGAUCGGCCAAGAAGGCCGUGGCUGGACCGGGUACGAAGCGAGGGGCGAGGGCCACUCGUGGCACCCCCAAGGCGCAGCAGAACCAGCCGGACGUCGCCCAACAGUCUGUGAAAGCUGAGGAGGUUUCCGUUGAAGUUAAGGAGGAGGUCAAGGUUGAGCAAGUUAACCUUGUUGAAGAAGAAAAGGUACCGGAGCCGGAACCGGAGCCCAAGCCUGAGGCCGCCGAGCCUAAAUCGGAGAUGAAACUGGAGGCGAAUGGCAUGGUUUCUGCCAAGAAGGAAGACGAAGUGAAAGAGUCUGUUGAUGAAUAUGGAAAAGAUGAACGGUUGGACUUGGAGGACCAUGAACCUGAAUCUGAACCUGAAGAAUAUGGUGGUGUGGACUAUGAUGAGAAGGAAAUUGAACAUGAGGGUGUCCAGGAAGAGGGAGGUGAAGUGGAGGAAGAAGCUGAGGGGGAUGUUGUAGAAGAGGAAGAGGAUAUGGUAGAGGAUGAAAUGGAAGAUGUUCCCGAGGAACUUGAGGGUGAGGAAGAUGAGGAGCAUGCUGUUGAGGAGGACCACGGCAAUAUGGUUGACGCAGAGGAGGAAGAACACCAUGCAGUUUUCAAAGAGAGGCGCAAGCGGAAGGAGUUCGAAGUUUUUGUUGGGGGCUUGGACAAGGAUGCUACUGAGGAUGAUCUUAGGAAAGUCUUCAGUGAAGUUGGUGAGGUGACUGAAGUCAGACUAAUGAUGAACUCUCAGACUAAGAAGAACAAGGGAUUUGCUUUUUUGCGUUUUGCGACGGUGGAACAAGCAAAACGAGCUUGUAAUGAUUUGAAAAACCCAGUGGUCAAUGGUAAACAAUGUGGUGUUACGCCUAGUCAAGAUAGCGACACUCUGUUUUUGGGUAACAUAUGCAAGACCUGGACAAAGGAAGCUUUGAAAGCAAGGUUGAAGCAUUAUGGAGUGGAUAAUGUUGAAGAUUUGACAUUAGUUGAAGAUAGUAUUAGUGAGGGAUUGAAUCGGGGAUUCGCUUUCUUGGAAUUCUCUUCUCGUUCUGAUGCUAUGGAUGCUUUUAAGCGCCUGCAGAAGAGAGACAUUCUAUUUGGAGUUGACAGGCCAGCAAAGGUUUCCUUUGCAGACUCCUUUGUUGACCCUGGUGAUGAAGUCAUGGCUCAGGUUAAAACUGUGUUUGUGGAUGGUCUGCCUGCUUCAUGGGAUGAGAAUCGUGUCCGGGAGCUUCUCAAGAAAUAUGGAGAGGUCGAGAAAAUUGAGCUUGCUCGUAAUAUGCCAUCUGCCAAGAGAAAGGAUUUUGGAUUUGUUACCUUCGAUACCCAUGAUGCUGCAGUGACCUGUGCUAAGAGCAUUAACAAUGAAGAGUUGGGUGAAGGGGAACAAAAGGUUAAAGUGAGGGCCAGAUUGUCCAGGCCUCUUCAGAGAGGCAAAGGAAAGCACGUUUCUCGAGAUUUCCGACCUGGGCGCGGGGCCCCACGGGGUGCGAGGGGUCCCUGGGUUCGUCCAGUACCACGCAGCCUCCCUAUACGUGCUGCUAGAGGAAUUGGAAGUCGUCUUCCUCCUAUUGAUCGUGGGUUGAAGAGGCCAAUGGGAUUUAGAGAUAGACGCCCUGUUAUGACUGUUCCAGUGAGAGGCAGGCCUUUGCCUCCGCCGCCAAGGUCUUAUGAAAGGAGACCACCGCCACCUGUUCCUUCUUACCCCAAGAGUAGCUUGAAGAGGGAUUAUGGUCGACGUGAUGAGCUUCCUCCUAGGGGCAGACCUGCUGCUGAAUAUGCUCCCAGAGUUGCACCAGAGAGGCGUCCGUCAUAUAGGGAGGACUAUACCUCUCGCGGAUCUGGGUACUCAGAUUUGCCUAGGGCGACGUCUCGCACUGCAACAAGGAGACCUUAUAUAGAUGAGGGAUAUGGGCAGAGGUUUGAAAGGCCGCCUCCAAGUUACCGUGAAGGACGUGGUCGGGAUUAUGACACUAUUUCUGGGUCAAAACGUCCAUAUAGUUCGAUGGAUGAUGUCCCUCCUCGUUAUGCUGAUGCUGGAGUACGCCAAUCAAGGGCUCGUUUGGAUUAUGAACUUGGUAGUGGCAGUUCACAAUAUGGGGAUGCAUAUAGUGACAGGCUUGGGAGAUCUAAUAUGGGAUAUGGUGCCAGCAGCAGAACUUCUGUUUCUAGUCAGGAUUCACAUGGGCUUUACAGUGGUCGGCAGGGCAUGGGUUAUGGAGGAGGCACUUAUGGUAGUAGUGAAAGUGGGAUGUAUUCAUCAGGCUAUGGUGGGGAUUAUAUGUCUCGUGGAUCUGAUGUUGGUGGUAGCUCUUACUCGUCGAUGUACUCUGGUCGUGGCUUAGGUGGCAGUAGUUACAUGGGCAGUAGUGGUUCUGGCUCAUACUAUUGAGGUAUGUGAGGUGCUCUUUUCUUUUUCUUCCUUUUCUUUUGAUUGCAAGGCAAAUAGGUGGUGGGAUACAUGUCUUUUUUCUUUUUUUUUUUUCAACUCCUAGGUUGGCAAUAGGAAUGCCGUCCUUUUAUUUUCCUUUAGAGUUGUCCUUGGGAAAAGGCCAUUGUGGUUACGUGUGAAUUUAUGUAUGGCACAGAUUUUAGUUGACAAAGAGGCUGCUGUAGGAUGUGGAUUAAUUGAAGGUUAUGCAAUAUUACGCCUACAGAUAUGGACAAGCGUAUUGCGAAGCAUAACUAGCCUCUUUUGUGGUUGUGAGGAGUAUUUAGCUUUGAGUUGAAGGGGAUCUAUUACUUCACGCUAUCAAGUUCUCAAGUUUGGAUUCUGUCAAGUUUUAUUUUUGCUGUAAGGGAACCUGAAUAUUUUAGAGUUUAAACAGCAUAUGCUGAGUGUGGUAUUUUAUGAAUGCAAGUUUUUGUUACUCCCAA